UUAUCACUGGUGAGUUUCUCAUGAAAGAUGAUUAGAUGGUGGGCAUAAUCAGAGCUGUAUGAGAUUCUUUUCUUUCUAUAGGAAAACCCUGUGUUAGUAAGUGGUUGAAAUAGCUCAUGGGAGUGUCUGCCCCAUUCGAUAAUGGCAUUUAUGAUCUAGUGGAGUGAGUGAUUGUGGUGUUCAGUCUAAGGUAGUUUUUCUUUUUAAAAAGCGGAAUUCCCCCUUCUCUCAUCCAUCGUCUUUGUUAAAGUAUGGAAUUCUCACCCAGAGCUGCAGAACUCAUAACUCUAUUAGAAAGUAGAAUGACCAACUUUUACACGAAUUUGAAAGUGGAUGAGAUCGGUCGAGUGGUCUCAGUUGGAGAUGGGAUUGCAUGUGUUUAUGGAUUGAACGAGAUUCAAGCUGGAGAAAUGGUGGAAUUUGCCAGCGGUGUGAAAGGAAUAGCCUUGAAUCUUGAGAAUGAGAAUGUAGGUAUUAUUGUCUUUGAUAGUGAUACCGCUAUUAAAGAAGGAGAUCUUGUCAAGCGCACUAUUGUGGAUGUUCCUGCGGGAAAGGCCAUGUUAGGCCGUGUGGUCGACGCCUUGGGAGUACCUAUUGAUGGAAAAGGGGCUCUAAGCGAUCACGAACGAAGACGUGUCGAAGUGAAAGCCCCAGGGAUUAUUGAACGUAAAUCUGUGCAUGAACCCAUGCAAACAGGCUUAAAAGCAGUGGAUAGCCUGGUUCCUAUAGGCCGUGGUCAACGAGAACUUAUAAUUGGGGAUAGACAAACUGGAAAAACUGCAAUAGCUAUCGAUACUAUAUUAAACCAAAAGCAAAUGAACUCAAGGGGCAAAAAUGAGAGUGAGACAUUGUAUUGUGUCUAUGUUGCGAUUGGACAAAAACGCUCGACUGUGGCACAAUUAGUUCUAAUUCUUUCAGAAGCGAAUGCUUUGGAAUAUUCCAUUCUUGUAGCAGCCACUGCUUCGGAUCCUGCUCCUCUGCAAUUUCUGGCCCCAUUUUCAGGGUGUGCCAUGGGGGAAUAUUUCUGCGAUAACGGAAUGCACGCAUUAAUUAUAUAUGAUGAUCGAAGUAAACAGGCGGUGGCAUAUCGACAAAUGUCAUUAUUGUUACGCCGACCACCAGGUCGUGAGGCUUUCCCAGGGGAUGUUUUCAAUUUACAUUCACGCCUUUUAGAAAGAGCCGCUAAACGAUCGGACCAGACAGGUGCAGGUAGCUUGACUGCGUUACCCAUGAUUGAAACACAAGCUGGAGAUGUAUCGGCCUAUGUCCCCACCAAUGUGAUGUCCAUUACAGAUGGACAAAUCUGUUUGGAAAUAGAGCUCUUUUAUCGCGGAAUUAGACCUGCUAUUAACGUUGGCUUAUCCGUCAAUCGCGUCAGGUCUGCUGCUCAGUUGAAAGCUAUGAAACAAGUCUGCAGUAGUUCAAAAUUGGAAUUGGCACAAUGUCACGAAGUGGCCGCCUUCACUCAAUUUGGGUCAGACCUUGAUGCUGCGACUCAGGCAGUACUCAAUAGAGGUGCAAGGCUUACAGAAGUGCCCAAACAACCAUAAUAUGAACC